GUGGCAGCAUCAGCAGCGAAAGCGGCGACAGCGCCGGCGGUGGAGGUGCUGCCGCUGUCGCCGCCGCCCCCUCGCGGCUUCCUUUCCCCCGGGCCCGAGCGGCGGCCGCCGCCGCCACCAUCGCCGCCACGCUGAGCUCCUCUCGGGGGCUCCUCCGCCGCAGCGCAGGAUGAAGUCCAGUGUACGUGGAGGUGACUACAAUUGCACUUGAGUGUCACGGAACCAAUAAAACAGCUGGAAAUGAUCGUGCUCUCAGGAAAUCAAAUGUUCUCGAAGAUUCUUUCAGGACCAAAGCUGCUGUCACGCUGAUGCGCCACGGGUAGCCUUGUUUCGGACGGACCUUUCCGGCAUUUGACCCUUUUGCAGUGGAAUAUCGGAAACGCACAAAUCUGGGUUUGAAACAAUGAGUUCGGUCGCCGUGUUAACACCCGAGAGCUUUGCUGAGCACCGCAGCGGCCUGAGGGAUGAAGAAUCACGAGGUGGUGUCCCAGAAGAUGAGGCCUACAUCCCAACUUACUUGGAAGCUUUCCCACCGCUCCCGGAAAAGGGGGCUCCGGGGGAAAGAUCCAGUGAGUUCACAGGAGUAUGGAACAAAAUCCGGCCUAUCAAAUCUUCGGUCAUCACCCAGGUGUUUCACGUCCCUCUGGAAGAGCGACGCUACAAGGACAACAGCCAGUUCGGAGAAGGUGAUGAGGCCAAAGUCUGCGUGGACAUUAUGCAGAAGACGGGGGCUCAUAUUGAGCUUUCCUUGGCCAAGGACCAGGGCCUGUCCAUCAUGGUGACUGGCAAACUGGACUCUGUGAUGAAAGCACGGAAGGAAAUUGUCGCUCGGCUUCAGACCCAGGCUUCAGCUACUGUCACAAUCCCCAAAGAACACCAUCGCUUUGUGAUCGGCAAGAACGGCGAGAAACUGCAGGAGCUCGAGCUAAAGACGGCCACCAAGAUCAACAUCCCGCGACCCGAGGAUCCCAGCAGCCAGAUCAAGAUCACGGGCACCAAAGAAGGCAUCGAGAAAGCACGUCAUGAGAUCUUGCUCAUCUCAGCAGAGCAGGACAAACGAGCAGUGGAGCGCUUGAACCUGGAGAAGGUCUUUCACCCAUUCAUCGCUGGGGCUUUCAACAAAACAGUCCAGGAGAUCAUGCAGGAGACAGGGGCACGCAUCAACAUCCCCCCGCCCAGCGUCAGCAAGGAUGAGAUCAUCAUUACUGGAGAGAAGGAACCUGUCUCCCAGGCUCUUCUGCGUAUCCGCAAGAUCUACGAGGACAAGAAGCGCAAGACCACCACCAUCUCUGUGGAGGUAAAGAAGUCCCAACACAAGUACAUCAUCGGCCCAAAAGGAAACACCUUGCAGGAAAUCCUAGAUACCACAGGAGUCUCGGUGGAGAUGCCGCCCCUUGAAAGCAGCUCUGAAACCAUCAUUCUGCGUGGAGAGCCAGACAAACUGGGGCCAGCCUUAACUCAGGUCUAUGCCAAGGCGAAGAGUGUGAUGGUAGCUGAAGUAAUGGCCCCAGCCUGGUUACAUCGUUUUAUAAUUGGGAAGAAAGGACAGAAUAUUGGCAGAAUUACCCAGCAACUCCCUAAGGUUCACAUUGAAUUCACUGAUGGCGAUGAGAAGAUCACUCUAGAAGGACCCACUGAGGAGGUGGAAAGAGCGAAGCGCCAGUUGCUGCAUCUCGCUGAGGAAAAACAAAUCAACAAUCACUCAGUGGAAUUGCACGCCAAGCCAGAUUACCACAAGUUCCUGAUUGGGCGUGGAGGUGCUAAUAUCCGCAAAGUGAGGGACCGUACCGGUGCCCGGAUCAUCUUCCCCACUCCUGAGGAUAAGGACCAGGAUAUUAUCACUAUCAUGGGGAAGGAGGAUGCAGUACGGCAGGCCCAGCAAGAACUGGAGAGUCUCAUCCAUAACUUGGAUAAUGUCAUUGAAGACUCGAUGGUGGUGGAUCCCAAGUACCACCGCCAUUUUGUGGCCCGUCGGGGACAUGUGCUGCGGGAGAUUGCAGAAGAGUACGGUGGGGUCACUGUGAGUUUCCCCCGGACAGGUGUCCAGAGUGAUCACGUGACGCUCAAGGGAGCCAAGGAUUGCGUGGAGGCCGCCAAGAAGCGCAUCUUGGAGAUCAUCGGUGACCUGGAGGCCCAGGUGGUCCUGGAAUGCAUCAUCCCUCAGUGCUACCAUCGGGUCGUCAUGGGGGCGAAAGGUUACAAGGUGCAACAAAUCACUCGGGAUCACAAUGUCUUCAUCAAGUUUCCGGAGCGAGAUGACAAUUCAGGUUCAGAAGCACAGUCUCAGGAAAAUGGUGACAUGAUCCCCGAACUGGACACGAGUCCUCGCAAAUGUGACAUCAUCCUCAUUUCCGGACGCAAGGAGAAGUGCGAGGCUGCCCGGGCUGCUCUGCUGGCUCUGGUACCCAUCACCAUGGACGUUGACGUUCCCUUUGAUCUGCAUCGCUACAUCAUUCGGCAAAAGGGAGCGGGCAUUCGGAAGAUGAUGGAGGAAUACGAGGUGACCAUCUCAGUGCCGCAGCCUGAGCAGCAGUCCGAUAUCAUCAAGGUCACCGGGCUAGUGCCCAACGUGGAGCGAGCCAAGGCCGGCCUCCUGGACAGGGUCAGAGAGUUGCAGGCUGAACAAGAAGAUCGGGCCCUGCGAGGGUUCAAACUGACAGUGAGCGUGGAGUCCAAGUACCAUCCCAAGAUCAUUGGCAAAAAAGGGGCGGUCAUUUCCCAGAUCCGUAAGGACCACGAUGUCACUGUCCAGUUCCCUGACAGAGGGGACGAGCAUCAGGAACUCAUCACAAUCACCGGCUAUGAGAAAAACACUGAGGCUGCCCGAGAUGCCAUCUUGAAAAUUGUAGCCGAUCUUGAGGAGAUGGUCAGCGAAGAUGUCCGCCUGGAUCACAGAGUCCACGCCCGCAUCAUCGGUGGGAGAGGCAAAGCCAUCCGCAAACUCAUGGAAGAAUUCCGGGUGGAUAUCCGCUUCCCGCAGCCAGGUGCCAGCGACCCAGAUAGAGUCACCGUGACAGGGCUGCCUGAAAACGUAGAUGAUGCCAUCGACCACAUGCUUAACCUGGAAGAGGAAUAUAUGAUGGAUGUGGUGGAAACGGAAACCAUGGCUGCUUACAUGAAACCUCCCUCCCGCUUGGAAGAGGAGCCUCGGGGCCCCGCCAAGGGAUUUGUAGUGCGUGACGCCCCCUGGAAUGCAUCUGGGAACAAGGCCCCAGAUGUGAGCAGCGCCGAAGAGUUCCCCAUUUUUGGCACCGGCGUGGUCCCUAAGCAGGCAUCGGUUUGGGGCCCCAAGAAGUUUUGAGGCCAGGGACCACCACGGCUGGCUCGCCAGGCAAGGCCUCAUGGUCUGGGGGGAGCCUCUGUGGCACCACCAGCUCCCUGCCGCCAGCCGUCACUCUUCCUCUCCGAGACUCUCUCCUCUUCCUCCUCGCCCGUGACUCUGUGCAAAACCAUUAACCGAUCAAAAAAGCCAUAGCCUCCCUCCUGUUCCUUUCUUCUUGUGGAGCCAAAAGUAGGCCAGGUUUUAAGCACACCUAUGUUCAAGGAGCAUUGUGCAGCUAGCGGGGUUCCCCCCCCCCCUCACUCCAUUUGCCAGAUUUCAGGGCAUUAAACUCCUUGCUUGACCCCCCCUUGCUUCCGCCUCUCAGCCGUGAAAGAAGUCCUAAACUUUUUCUGUCCAGUUCCUUCUCUUCUCAGGGUGACGUGGGCCCAUCCACGCAUCCAGAUCUCCUGGAAGAGCUGGAAGGAGAGGGGUUUGUCGGGGGUGGGGGUGGGGGUGAGGUUCAGACUUGCUGGAGUACAAUUCCUCGCUCACCCAACCAUCACGCUCUGCUUUCGGAUGCCAGAAGCGGCUUCAGCUUGGCUUGUUUCCUAGCUCUGCUCUGCUAGUGAAUUUGGAGCUGGGAAGGACCAAAACUGGAGGAAGAAACAUUCUUGCAAAGAGAGGGUGUGUGUUUGUGUGUGUGUGUGUGUGUGUAUGUGUGAAGAUCUAGAAACGAGAUUCUGGCUUGCUGUGGGUGAAAGGCCCACUUUGGAAGCAGGUAGCACUUAGAAACUUUGACAACUAGCAGCCUUCCUUCUCCACCUCCUCCUCCUCCCUUUUCACAUCGGUGACCCCUCUCUGGAGUCUGAAAAUGUUCUUUUUCCCCCUCUUCUUCCUCCAUUUUCAACUAUUUCUCAUCUCCUUUCCCCCAGCUCCCCUUUCUUCCCUUUCCCUUUGUCUUCCAUCUACUCGCUUUGAACAGUGUCAAGGGAAAAUAGGCAACCAUUGGUCCAAGAGGCAAAUGUUCUUGUCGACUUCCCUUUUUUGGUGACUAGUCCUCAUCAUACUUCCCAGGUUUUAAACUGUGAUUUCUCAAGCGGGAGGGUGUGUUCGGGCGUGUGUCCACAUGAGAGCGCGUGGGUGUACGUGAGAAAGGCGAAGGUGUGAGUUAAUACCCCCUCCCUAGCUCCAUCUCUUCUCUUGCCACCGACAAUC